CUGAGCUCGGAGCGAUAUCAGUAAAACACGUACUCUAGUUACAGCUGUACAGUGAAAUAGAGGCAACCACAGGGGAGUUUCCGUCGUCCACAGUCCCCAGUUAUCGUACUGUGUUACCACCGUCGUUCUAGGUGACUGCGCCCGACCGGGAGCUCAUUUUGUUUCUAGAAAAAUUGAUAUUACCGGAAUAUGUAAUAACGUGACGCAAAGCAAUAGUUCUGUUGCCAUGUCAACUAGAAAGAGACAGCAGAAAAGGCCGCGUCGGAGGAUACGCGCAGCUGCCAAAGAAGAGAACGACGACCGGAGUGAUAUCUUGAGAAAGUUGGCGAUUAUUGGCGACUAUUUGAGCACCAUUGAUCAGAAGUUGAGGGAGCAGCUGACGUCACAGGAAAUUCAGGAUCUUAAGCUCGUGUUCGAUACAUUUGACCGAGAUCACAAAGGGUGUAUCGAUUCUGAUGAUCUACGUCGAGCAAUGAGAGCAUUGGGAUUCAAGCUAACACCGAGGGAACUUGACGAAAUGAUAGCCGAUCUUGACAACGAUCAGAAAGGGUUGGUGACCUUCAAUGAUUUUCUGGAAUUCAUAGUAAAUAAACAAGGCAAUGCACGUGACAUCUAUGACGAAAUCGUUCAGGGAUUUAACAUGAUUGAUACAGACGGUAAAGGUCACGUGACGUUUGAUGACAUUCGCACAUCGAGUGACGAGCAUGGACUGUGGUAUUCGGACGUUAUGAUUCGGGAGAUGAUCCACGAAGCCGAUUUGAACGGUGACCACGUGAUCGACAAGGAAGAGUUCAUCAACAUCAUGCUAAAAACGAAUCUUUUCUAAAAUCGACUUGAAGAUUGAGCACGUUAGUGCCGAUGGUAUAUGUAAGAUGUACGUACACGUGCGUGUAUCACGUGUGCCUAGUUACGUGGUACUGAUAGAACAUAUGAGAGACAG